AUGACUUACGACAAAAGUCUUUUAAUCCCUAGUCCGGUUCUAUCACCUAGUAAUGCGGAGUUUGAAGACCCUAUGGCGUAUCUUUCAAGGCCCGAUAUUGCCAAAUUGGGCUCUCAGUACGGUAUAUUAAAGGUAAUUCCACCACCAGGUUGGCAACCUCCAUUUCUGCUUUCACCAACUUUUAAGUUCCAUACAAGACUUCAAAGGCUAAGUGAUCUAGGGCUCACUACUAGAAGUAGAGCAUUCUUCAGGAAAAACAUGAAUAGGUUCCUUAAGAUGAGAAACAAACGGUCGCUUCGAUUGUACUUCCGAGCGGGUAAAGAUCCUUUGGAUUCUCUGGGAAGGAAAAAGACCAAAGUAUACUACUAUGACUUGUAUGUAGCUGUAGAUAAGUUUGGUGGUAGUGACAAUAUGAGUGAGAAUGACUGGAUGCAACUUAAUGCCAAGUUUGGUGUAACACCAUCUAACUGUCAUGAUUUGGAAGAAGAGUAUAAUACCCAUAUAAAGGCAUAUGCGACUUUCCUUGCUUCGAACAAUAUGAAACUGGACUCCUUGGAUGUCGAUGGUACCAAUGAAGAUGAAGAUAAUUGUAUACUAUGUGCUCAAAAUGAUCGACCUUCGGAAACCCUUUUGUGUGAUCAUUGCGAUAAUGCCUUUCAUAUGGAUUGCUUGGAGCCUCCUUUGAAGGCUAUACCGACAGGGAUAUGGUAUUGUGAUAAGUGUCUUAUUGGUACUGGUGAAUAUGGCUUUGAAGAACAAGUUGAUCUCAAAUAUACUUUGCCCGAGUUUUACAAGUUAUGUCAAGAAUUUGAUGAAGAUUUCAAGGCCAAUUAUAAUAACGGAGAACCAUUAUCAGUCGAUAGCAUAGAGAAGAAGUUCUGGGAAUUUGUAGAUGAACAAAAGCUGGAUUUAGAGGUUAAAUAUGGAGCUGAUAUUCAUAAUUUGGUGCCUGGAGAAAUAAGUGGAUUCCCCAUGACAAAUACCCCAGGUGUUAGCCUUGGGACCGGGGCUGAACUGGCUGAGUAUUAUACCAAACACCCUUUCAACUUGACCAGACUCCCAUUUGCUAAGGGUUCACUCAUGAAGUAUAUCAACACUUCAAUCUCUGGUAUGACUAUUCCAUGGAUAUAUAUUGGAUCCCUUCUUUCGACAUUUUGUUGGCAUGUGGAGGACCACUACACCCUUUCCAUAAAUUAUUGUCAUUUUGGGGCUACUAAGAAAUGGUAUGGAAUUCCUUCUUACCAAGCCGAUCAAUUCGAACUGUUAAUGAAGGACUCUGCUCCUGAUUUAUUCCAACGUCAACCAGAUUUACUUCAUCAAUUGGUUACAUUAUUAUCACCUAUGACUCUAGUCAAAAAUAACAUCAAAUGUGUUUAUGCUGAUCAACAACCAAAUGAGUUCAUCAUCACAUAUCCAAGAGUAUAUCAUUCUGGGUUUAAUUGUGGGUUCAAUUUCAAUGAAGCGGUUAAUUUCACCUUAGAGCCAUGGUUAGAAUAUGGAGAAAAGGCCGUUGAGGAUUAUCGAUUGAUUAAGAAGGAAAAUGUUUUUAACCAUUAUCAAUUGGUGGAGAACAUUUUAAGAAGUUUUCUUGAACAAGAUGCAAAUCAUACGGACUCCAAGUUUAGUCAAGACUUCAUUCAACGUUGCUUAUUAAGUUUUGAUAAGUUUUACUCAACUCAAAUUGAUACGAUAGCUAAACUUGACCAUGAAAAAUUCACCACAGAAUUCAAACCUCCUAAAGUAAGAAAGGGAAGAGUAUUGGAAGAUGAACAAAUGGGAUUUUUUGCCGAUGAUGAGGAUGAAGAUGAAAAACUAUGUGAUGGAUGUAAAACUCAUAUUGGAUAUCAUUACUUUUUCUUGCCUAAUAAGGAACAUCAAUAUUCUCAAAAGAAGAAGGCUAAAGAAGCUAAUGAAUAUGCCAUCAAGAGAAGAAAGAUCAUUCCUGAAAAUAUUGGUUUACUUACACCACAUGAUUCCCCUCAAGAUAAGAUAAAGGAGGAACAAGAGACAGAAAAAAUUGUAGAUACAGUUUCAUCACGUCGGAUGUCACUUUUAACGGGUGGUGGAGAUAUUACCAAAGAACAUUUGAAAUUGAGUGAGGAAGAAGAAUUUAGACAACUCAUUCUGUCGGCAAAGAAAACAAAUUCAGAAGAACCUGAAUCUCUGAGUAAAAGACGUCGGUCUACACGGAUUCAAAAACAAGAGAAAUCUGAAAUAGCUGCCAUUGGUCGUUCCAAACGGUAUGUCCCAUUCAGCAAUGAAAAGAAACAAUUGAAUUUAUGCUUGGAAUGUGUGAAAAUCUAUGAUGAAGAUCUUCCAAUGGGGUCAGUUCUUGUAUAUGAAUCAUAUCCAGAAAAAAUCGUGGAACUUGUCAAUUCAGUGAAGGAAAAGCUACUGACCAAGAAUUAA